AUGCAGCAGUUAAUCACAUUAUUAAUCCUGGCCUGUGCACUGAAUAUAGUCAGCUCAAUUAAAAUUUCUGCUUUCAACAUUAAAGCCUUUGGAGACAGCAAAAUGUCAAAUGCCACCAUUGCUGACAUCAUUGUUAAUCUUGUUCAAAGGUAUGACAUUAUCCUAAUACAAGAAGUCCGUGAUGCUGACUUGAGUGCUGUCAAGACCCUAAUGAAUAAACUCAAUAGCCCCUCUAAAGAAACCUAUUCGUACAUUGUCAGUGAUCCACUUGGACGUAGCACCUAUAAAGAAAGAUACCUCUUUGUGUACAGAAACUCAAAAGUGUCUGUGGUCAACAGUUAUCUCUACAAUGAUGGUUCUGAAAAGACUGGUCAUGAUAUUUUCAGUCGGGAACCAUUUCUUGUGAAGUUUUCUUUACCCUAUUCAGCCAUUUGUGACUUCAUUAUCAUACCGCAGCACACAUCACCUUCAUCAGCAGUAAAGGAAAUAGAUGCCCUGUAUGAUGUCUUUCUUGAUGCUAAGACGAAGUUGGGAACUGACAACAUGCUGAUCAUGGGUGAUCUAAAUGCAGAUUGUUCUUACGUCAAACCAAGUGACUGGGCUUAUAUUCGCCUACGCAAAGACAACCAAUUCCAAUGGCUUAUUCCAGAUUCUGCAGAUACUACUUCUGCCAUCACAACAAACUGUGCUUAUGACAGAAUCAUAGCUGUUGGCUCAGAAAUGAACAAUGCUAUAAUUGAUGGAUCAGCUGGUAUUUACAAUUUCAGUAAAGUUUUCAAUUUCAACACUAAAAUGACCCUUGCAAUUAGUGACCAUUAUCCAGUGGAAGUAAGUCUUGGUGCUGCAUAA